GCCGCUUUUCCUGCGAGUUUACCGGCGCAGAGUCCGCGAGCAACGCGGAGGGGCAGCACGCAGAGGGCGAGCUGAGGAGUGUCGGCUGUGUUUACCCGCCGCAGCUGACCGAGAGACUCAGACACGCCGCAGACUGGACUGGAAAGCAGCAGGCAUGAAAUGUGAAGACCGUCCCAGGUGUGGAGGAACGUGCAGCUCAUGAAGCCGAGAGAUUUGCUCUGUGUUAAGUGGAUAUUUAGGGAAGUGGCUGCAUACAGCAAAAUAUCCAAGAUCGUUUCCCUUAGCGAAACAUUAAACAGAGCUCCCUGUAACUGGAAUUCAGUUUAUGCCCCCUACGACCACGUCUCUGUAUCUCUGUAAUUUGUGGAGAUGUAAAGCUUUUGCUGAGUGUUCAUCACAAAAGGAGCUCCUGUGAUGGAGCCCGAUGCUGAGGCCCUUGAGGGACCUGGGCAUGGAGCCCCUACAGCUCCACGCGUCAGACCCUCAUCAUACCGCGCACUGCGCAGCGCCGUGUCCAGCCUGGCGCGCAUCGAUGACUUCUCCUGCGAGAAGAUCGGCUCAGGUUUCUUCUCAGAAGUGUUCAAGGUAAAACACAGGAUCACAGGGCAAGUCAUGGCCCUGAAGAUGAAUACACUGGCCAGUAACAGGGCUAACAUGCUGAAAGAGGUGCAGCUGAUGAAUCGACUCAGUCACCCAAACAUCCUCAGGUUUGUGGGAGUGUGUGUACAUGAGGGACACCUCCAUGCUCUUACAGAGUACAUCAAUGGUGGAAAUCUGGAGCAGCUGUUGGACAGUGAUGUGUAUCUGUCGUGGUCAGUGAGGAUGGGUCUGGGUCUGGACAUCGCCAGAGGAUUGCAGUAUCUCCACAGUAAAGGCAUUUUCCACAGAGACCUGACCUCAAAGAACUGUCUGGUGCGUUGGGAGAAUGACGUUUGCGCUGCUGUUGUUGGUGACUUCGGCUUGGCAGAGAAAAUUCCAGAUUACAGUGAUGGGACUCAGCAGUCGUUGGCCAUUGUGGGCUCCCCCUACUGGAUGGCCCCGGAAGUACUGAGAGGAGAGCAGUAUGACGAAAAGGUGGAUGUUUUUGCCUAUGGGAUCAUCCUCUGUGAGAUCAUUGGUCGGAUUCAGGCAGAUCCAGACUUCCUGCCCCGCACAGAGGAUUUUGGUCUGGAUGUGGAUGCAUUCCAGCACAUGGUCAGAGACUGUCCCCCUGCCUUCUUCAGCCUAGCCGUUACCUGCUGUAGUAUGAAAGCCCAGAGUCGCCCCCCUUUCACUGUAAUAGUAGCUGAACUGGAGGAGAAAAUGAGUGCUGGACAGCAGACAGAGACAGUGCCUGCUAAGGCAGAACCUGUUUCCCCAAGUCUGCGAUCUCCGAGCUGGAGGAGGUCAUCUCUGGACGCCCCGGCAGAUGGUCGCCUGUCCCGCAGUAAAUCAGACCUGCUCCCCCCUCACCCUGCCCAGGUCACCCCAACCCGAGUCAAUCCCUUCUCCCAGAGGCACGACCUCAACGGCGGACGUAUCAAACUCUUCGACACACCAAGCAAAUCUGUCAUCUCUCUCACCUUCACCCUGCCCCCACCACCUGACCCUUGUAGCCCCACCCACUGCAGGAAAGUCCCGCCCCGGCUCCACAGACGCUGCCAGUCAUUGCCCUGCACACCAGAUGGCAUCCAGUCAUUGAGAAGUAGCAGCGAGAGUGAUGUGCAAGAGUGCAACAGUAUUGCACGAAACUCAGAAGUUAGUCAGGAGAUGGCUAACAGUCACAACCUAAGAGAUAUGGACAGCGACAGUGUAGUCAACAUUUACACUGAGACUGAACAUGAUAGUGUGUUCAAUACUCCAACAAACAUUUGUACUGGUGACACACACAUCCUACACGACACAGACAGUAGCAUUUCAAAUGGGCCUGGAUCUUCUCAUGAUGUCCAAAGACCAAACUGUCUGUUGGAUGCACCAGGCGUGGGAGGAAAUGUACGAGAAAUGAUUAUAAAAGACUCCAUUCAGGAAGAACUGGAAGAGGGGCAGGAAGAGGAAGAAGAAGAAAGUAAGAUGAAGGGUUUUUGCCUUCCAGCUGAUGACUCAGGUCUUCCCCUAGAUCUUGAGUUAAUGUCUUUAGACAGGCUGACUGAGGAGAGUGUGGAGGAGGGAAUGGACUGCAGCAGUUCCUCCAAUAGUCCAGAUGGUGUUGUUCCUGAUUCACCUGAUCUAAAGCCCUUCACGAAUGGCUGGAGCCCCCCCAUACUGAACGGACCCCCAUCUUUACCCCCUUUACCCGAUUUGGACAACAACAACAGUGAGAUGCUGCCUUUGGGCCUUGCUGUGAACGGUAGCCGUGGCGCCACGACUCCCUUGACACCCCCUGAACCAGAAGAAGUUGUAGUCUGUUCUGGCUGCUGCCUAGCAGGCUUCAGUUUACCGUCCAUGUGCAUGCGCGGGAUGCGCCGGAACCCAUACAAGAACUUAAACGGAGAUUCGGCCGCGAAGAGGCUGCUGUGCAGAGCCCAGCUUUCUUCUCCUGCUGAGCCUGGCCUCGCUCUGCCCAGCACGCACACAUAAAUGUGGACCCUGGUCAUACAUCAUUAAUAACCCAAAAGGCACCUUACAAAUUUAUGCUAUGGCUUCUUGUGCAGAGAAGUGUUGAUUCACAAGGUGGACAGGUCAUUUAGUGAUCAUCUCCACAGACAAAAAAAAUACUCGCAUACAUCUUUUCUUCUCUACCACUUGAUAAAGCAUCAAAUUCCCAUAAUAUCUGCACCAAUCCUGUCUAGUAAAGCUUACAUAAGUCUCUUGGGUUUCUGUCCAUUUUAGCCCAAUCUUCCACUAAAUUUGUUCUGAGCUGUCUAAGCAUUGACAUUCCCACAUUCCAGCAUGAUGACUGUAGGGGGUACCUGUAUGUGACCGAAUCAACAGACACCAUGGAACACUGGGAUAUGUUGAAUGACCAGCAAAAUCACCAGACCUCCAGUCAGGUUCACAGUCUAGAAAAAUAGGUAAAAUAAUGAAAUGGAUGCACAUAAACCUAGUUGAAAUGUGCACCCUGCUAAUGGAACAGUAGCCUAAAAUAGAUUGGAAUUUUCGUAAAUGACUGAUUUAAUCCUUACUUGAAAUGAUUGUGCUGUUAUUAAGGCAAGGGGACACAUAACCAAGGGUUAGAGAAGAAAUGAUGAAUGUGACAGAUGUUUUGUCUAGCGAGCUUAUGAUUCAAUAAAAAUGCCCCUGUCUUCUAACUUGAAUGUGUCUAUUGGCCCACAGGGGUUGGAUAGUCUCUUAAGCAAAUUAUGUCUUAUUUAGGGUUGGGUAGUAUACCAGUCAUAAGAUAUACUGCAGUGUUUAAAAAUUAUGACAGUAUUUCAAAAUUAUGACGUGUCAAAUUUCCACUUCACAAAGCCAAAUAAAUACAUUCCACCUGUUUAUAUUUUGGAUCAGGCUCACUGAUUAGUGGUGUGGGUUGACCGAUAGGUGGAAGAGAUGGAGAGUGAUGGAGGAGACGAAAGUCCAGGCAAGGAAAACUAUUGAAAAACUAAGUAACAGUGGCUAACGACAGCUAAGAGCCACAGGCACCACAGAACACAUUUGAUUUCGACUCUCAUUCUAACACUUUCAGAUAUCCUCUAACUGGUGUCAUUCAAGCAUAAAUUGUUGGAACCAAAUCUCUGCUGUGUGACUGGGUUGGGCCUGCUAACUAUGCUAACAUUACAUUAGCCAAAAUGCUACAGUCCCAAACACCACAAAACAGAUUUUAGCUUUGUCAUUCCAACAGCAGUUCUUCACCUUUUGUUCGCUGACAUUAGUUUUUAUUAUUUGCACUUGUUUCAGCACAUAGUCAGAAUUCAACCGGUUCUGUGCUGUGUGGAGCCAGUCAGGCUGCAGGUCCACACAACUAGGAACAGGUUUCAUUACUGUCCUUUCAGCACCUGUUGCUCAACGUCUCUCCCUCAGAUUUGAAUCAUCAUAAUGCAGACUUGUUUCUGCUUUAGUUAGACAGAAACAAAUUUUCUAUGGUAAGCAGAGCUUUGGUUUUGCUAGCUAAGCUAAUGCUAACCAGCCCCUCUCUGAGUUAGCAGCACCUAACAUUUAGCAGUUGUUAGGUAGAUGGUUUGACAUUAAUUGAAUGAUGGCUUGUUCAUGUAUCUGGUGGCGAUGUAAGCGAACUAAAGUUUUUGAUUAUUUUUUUUGUUUGAAAUAUUGCAGGCCAGGAUGCCACAAAAGUGAUACAGAAGCGUAUGUCACUUUGGUCAACCCUCACCCCUAUAACUGGUAAUAUCUCGCACCACAGUAAUAUUUGGAGAUUGUUUGAAGGUAUGAAACAAGAGGAUACCACCCAACCCUAGAGGUCUGUUGUAAAUAUGACUUACUGUAAUGUUUUUGAUACCACAGUUGAACUGUUGAUAUCAACCAUGAAAUGAGGAGGUGCUGCUGAGUUGUGCACCUUACUUUGUUGUAUGUGGCGAGAAUGAGACCCUAGAUAUUGAGUAAUAACUUAUUUUCUUUUCUGUUUGCUCUUUAUUGCCUUGCCUUUCUGUAAUGGCACUUGAGGUGCUGAUAUUGUCAUGGUUACUAUUUUGAACUUUAUAAAGAAUGCAACAUUUCAGAAGAUGUAAAAAAUUGUUAAUGUGUUAUUUUAAUAAUUGAAAGUAAAUGACAUUAAAAUGUAAUCGGUAACUCCACUA